GGCCGGACCUGACAGCCCAGCCCCUCCCCCGGCUGAUCGGGAGGCGACAAGGGGCAGGCAGUAUGAAUGCAAGUGGCCUGACUGUGUUGGUGCGGAGCCUGUAUGCACUUCAGGAGGAGCGCGUUGAAGCUUAUAGGCUGUUUGAUUGUGAAGGACACCAGGCUUAUCUUCGCUCAGCUCCUAAUUAUGACUUCAUCAGAUACCGGCAGCUUGUACAUGAAAUCACACAGGCCUUUAACCGCAUCUCAAAGGAAGUGAUCCAGCUCAGGGACCGGUUUCAUGAGGAGUUUGACCGCCCAGACCUCUCAAAACACAUUGAAAGAAUUCAGGAACGGGAGCAGGAGAAACUGGUGCUGACGGCUCAACUACAACUGUGCCAAACAGAAUGCACUGGACCAUCCAGGGAACGAAACUUACCAGGAAGAGGCUCGGGAAUUGAAGCACAGAUGCUGCCUGACCCGCUGAGUUCCUCCAGCUUUUUGUGUGAUGCUGGUGGAAGUAGAAGCCAAGCUGCAUUUAAAAGGUUUUUGGAUCAGCACUUCAAGAGCUACAAUCCUUAAGGUUACAGGCUGAGAGAUGGGGAUGCCUAGUUAACUCUGAUAUUGGAAUGCAGAGACACAAUGGGCUGAAUAACCUUCUUCUGUACUGUAAAUGUCCAUAAUUCUCAAAGGCAA